GCGCUCCGUGUUGCUCCGUCUCCUCAGGCUCCGCCUUCCCGCCCGCCGCCAUUCGUCCCGUUCCGGCCGAGUUUGCGCGGAUCGGCCUUGAUUUUUUAAUUAUUUUAGCCUUUUUUUUUUUUUUUUCCUUUUUUUUUCUCCCUCCUCCACUCGCCUCCCGCACCAUUUUGUGCCGAGCUCACCAGGUGAGCCGUGGGAUCGGAGCGGGAGCUGGACGCGGCCUCGAUGGCGGACGGUCAGUCGCAGGCCGCGCUGGGGGAGCUGCCAUCCCCCGGGUUGGGCUCCGAGCCCGAAACGAGGCGGCUGAGCGAGCUGAGGGUCAUCGACCUGCGGGCGGAGCUGAAGCGCCGCAACAUGGACACGGGCGGCAACAAGAGCGUCCUGAUGGAGCGGCUCAGGAAGGCUAUCGAGGACGAAGGAGGAGAUCCAGAUGAAAUUCCCGUGGCUUCAGAACUGACCAACAAGAGGUUGUCAAAAAGAAUGAGCAAAGGAAGAAAAUCAGAAGAGGAAGGGGUGGAAGACAAUGGGCUAGAAGAAAACUCCAGAGAUGGGCAGGAGGAUAUUGAAGCAAGCCUGGAUACCUUACAAGACAUCGACAUGAUGGAUAUUAGCGUGUUAGAUGAAGCUGAAAUAGACAACAGCAGUGCUGUAGACUGCGGAGAAGACUAUAGUCCUGAUAACAUUCUGGAUUCACUGUCUGAUAACAAAGACAAUGUUGAUGCAGAAAUGAAAGAACUCCCAGAUCAGCUGACAGAAAAUGAGGAAGAUUAUGAUGAAAAUGGAAACAAUGUAGAUUCCUCUUCUGAUUUAAUUGAAAUGAAGAAAAUGGAGAAACUGCACUUGGAGCCAGAAAAUGAGAAAAUACUCGACAUUUUGGGGGAAACUUGUAAAUCUGAGCUCCUUAACGAAGAAGCGUGUGAAGCGGAGCAGCCAGAUGCACAGGAAGCAAGUAACGUGGUGCCAGGCAAGAGGCUAGCAGAGGAAGAGGACGCUCUUGCUGCCGCUCAGUCGGAGGAAGAUGCUUUAGAUUUGGACAGCAAGUCGGCACAAGCUAUGGCAAGGAAGGAGGCAAAGCGUUUAGUUGUAGCAAAAGGGGAGACAAGUGAACAGACAAUAGAGGAAGAGAAGCUGGACUCUGCCUCUGUAGGAGUAGAGAGCGUAAGCGAUGAGAGUAGCAAGCGCUGCCAAGGCCUGGAAGCCUCUAGUGGGGAAACAGCGGAGAGAGGCGCAGGUGCGGAAGGCAAAGCUAGCAAAGAAGAUGCCAAGAAAGCAGAAGACAAAGCUAAUUCAGAGGAAUCCCCCGCUACUAAAGAGUCCUCAGCCAGUGAGGGCGGUGAUCAGAAAAAGAGCCCUGUGGAGGAGGACAGAGAUACAAAGCUAGUCUCAAAAGACGAGAAAGGUCGCACAGCUGGCGGUUCUGGGAGAAACUUUUGGGUGAGUGGACUCGCUUCCACCACCAGAGCUACAGACUUAAAGAAUCUGUUUAGCAAAUAUGGGAAGGUGGUUGGUGCAAAAGUGGUCACCAAUGCCCGCAGCCCCGGCGCGCGCUGUUACGGCUUUGUCACCAUGUCUACAGCCGAGGAAGCCACGAAGUGCAUUACCCACCUCCACAAAACAGAGUUACACGGGAAGAUCAUUUCUGUGGAAAAAGCAAAAAAUGAACCUGCUGGGAAGAAACCAACUGAAAAAAAGGAGAAUGAGUCGAAGAAAGAAACAGCCAGUGAGAGGCCUAGCAGUAGUAAAAGAGAUGAGAAAUGUGACCAAAAAGACGACUCCAAAAAGGCUGAAGACAAGGAUGAAAAAGAAAGGAAAGAGAAGGAUGAACAGAAAUCUUCUUCAUCGGAUCAGCCUAAAUCUUCAAAGUCAGGGAGUAAAGGAACAGAGAGAACGGUGGUAAUGGAUAAAUCCAAAGGAGAACCUGUUAUCAGUGUAAAAACAUCAACUACAUCAAAAGACAGAAGUGUUAAGAGCCAGGAUCGCAAAUCGGAGAGCAGGGAGAGGCAAGGCAUCGUGCCCUUCGACAAAAUCAAAGCUCAGAGGAAAAUGAGGGAGGCCGAGCAGCGCCGCACCCGUGAGCGUCGGGAGAGGCAGCAGCACCUGCAGACCAUCCGGGAACGGGAGGAAAGGGAGAGGCUUGAGAUUGCUCGUGAGAGACUGGAGAUUGAAAGGCAACGGCUCGAGCGAGAGCGGAUGGAGAGAGAGAGACUGGAGAGGGAGCGGAUGCACAUAGAGCAUGAAAGGAGGAGGGAACAAGAUCGCAUCCAGCGAGAAAGGGAAGAGCUGCGACGGCAGCACGAGCAGCUGCGCUAUGAACAGGAACGCCGCUCUGCCAUGAGAAGGCCGUAUGACAUUGAUGGCAGGAGGGAUGACCCGUACUGGCCCGAAGCGAAGCGGAUGGCGAUGAACGAUCGGUACCAUUCUGACUUUGGCCGCCAGGAUCGCUUCCACGACUUCGACCACAGGGAUCGCGGCCGGUACCAAGACCACUCGUUGGACAGGAGGGAUGGAUCAAGGACGAUGAUGGGAGAUCGCGAUGGACAACAUUACCCAGAUGAGCGCCAUGGAGGCCCCGAGCGCCACUCACGGGACUCCCGGGAGAGCUGGGGCAGCUACGGCUCCGACAGGAGGAUGAGUGAGAGCAGAGGGAUCCCCCCCCCAUCACGGGAUGGCCGCGACUGGGGGGACCACGGGAGGAAAUUUGAAGGGCACCAAGAGCGUUCAUGGCAGAGCAGCGUGGAUGGAGGGAUGAUGGGACGGGAUCACGAGAGAUGGCAAGGUGGAGGUAGAGGGAGACCUGGCCACGUGAUGCACCGUGGAGGCAUGUCAGGGCGAGGAGGGUUCAUGCAAGGAGGGAACCAAAGUCAGCUGAUGCACGGAGGGGGGAUGCAAGGGGAGGGAUUUGCCGGCCAGGAGCGAGCGAGCCGACCCAACGACCCUCGCUUCAACCGUCGCUACUGAAUGUUUUAAUUUCUAACGCUACGUGGCAACUGCAGUUGGUUUGUCCCUGGGGUGUCCGGCCCUUGGAGCUCGUGGGUCACUGUAAGUGGAAUUUCUUUUUUAAGCUGCUGCCAUACGACGUCACUCGAUCCAAUGUGAACUCAUUUGUUUUGUAACGUGUUGUUCAUAUCCUCAUUUAAAACUGUUUGUUAAUGAAGCAUUCCAUUUUCCAUAAAUAAAAAAAAAAACAGUUUACAGUU